AUGGACACUCUCAAUGUCUCCCACCAGCGGGAGUACAUGGCGCAGAUGGCGCGGCAGCGCGAAGCGCUUCUCGCCGCCUCUGCCCGUGCCGGCAAGGCGCCAGCUAAAAAGUCACGCGAAGACGUGCUAUCUACCUUCAAGAAGCAGGCGAAGCGCGCAGAGAAGGGACGCAUGCAAGCCAUUCGCAGCUCUGAGACGCAAAUCCAAUCUACAUUCGUGCCGCCUGCGUACGCGGCGUGCGUACUUCCCGUGGCGGAUCUGGAGAAGAUGGGGGUUGAUGAGUUGAGGUUGGAGACGCAUCAUCGGGGACGGUAUGUGCUGUUGCGGGCAGUGGCGGGGCCGAGUCGGAUGACCGCACUGGUGGGAGUUGGGGAGGACGAGGAGGGAAGGGUGGUGAGAGUGCAAAUCUAUCAGCAGGGGGAUGAGAAUGAGGUGUGGAAGGUUGGGGGGGUGGUGGUGGUGAAGGAGCCGUAUUUUAAGGAGAGUGGGGAUGGGGAUACGGGGAUUCGAGUUGAUCAUAUGGGUGAUGUGAUGGCAUUGCCCGCAAAUCAUCCGUUGGUGCCAGAGAAGUGGAGGAAGGGGGUUGAUGCUGUGUUGGUACGGGAGUGGGUAGAUAGGGCGGCAGAGGCGAUAAAGGGAGAGAGGUACUGGGAGGCACUUGACCAGUGCAAAUCUGCUUUGCUUGCCUCACCUCCUCCAACACCCGAGGAGGCCACUGAGAUCAAACUCAAACUCGCUGCAGCCUACCUCAAAGUCGGUUACUUCGAAGCUGCCGAAUCGGCCAUUGACAGCGUCGAUCCCACCCCCGAAUCCCUGAAACUACAAGCAGAAGCUUUCUACAACCUCGCACGGUAUGAUGAGUGUAUGGCAUCCCUGGGCAAACUUCCCGAGCAAGACUCUACUCUGCUUGAGAAGGCCAAAACGCGUCUUGUAGAGCAAGAGACUGGCGCCUACGACUUCCGAAGCAUCUUCACCGAGCUCUCAACCCUCAACCCUCCAACUGUCGACCGAGCAACUUACAUCGGACCUGUUGAUAUUAGGGUUUCACCAGGCAAAGGACGUGGGCUAUUCACGACCCGUGCCGUCGAGGCUGGGGAGCUCCUCAUGUGCGAGAAGGCAUUCGCAUAUAGCUUCUUCGACCAAUCCGCGCCAGCAGAGAUGCACAAGACCAAACUCUCCAUGGUCUUCAACACCGAGGAAGGAAGCAUCAUCUUCGGGACCUUAGGCACGCUAAUCACCGAAGCCGUACAAAAGGUGGCGCGAAACCCAUCACUGCACGAUUUCGUCUCCAGCCUAUACCACGGGAGCUACAAAGCCCCCACCGUGAACCAAAUCGACGACCACCCCGUCAUCGACACCUUCCUUAUCGAGCGCAUAAUAUCUCACAACUGCUUCGGCUGCCCCCCAACCUCGCUCAUGGCCCACGUCACCCCCGGCCCCCCCAAACGCGCCUACUCCUCCGGACUCUGGCCCCUCUGCGCAACACUAAACCACUCCUGCCUCCCCACCGCACGCCGGUCCUUCAUUGGCGACCUGCAAGUCGUGCGCGCCACCCGCGACCUCCCCGCAGACACUGAGCUUGUCUGGGCGUAUAACGAGGUCUCUGAGGACCCGGCACAGACGCGUAGCGCGCUCGCGAAUUGGGGGUUCGUGUGUAGCUGCAGUCUUUGUACCGAGGCGAUGCGGACGCCGGAGAAGGUUAGGAAGCGGAGAGAGCUGCUGAGGACGGAUCUGCGCGCGUGUGUGAUGGUGAAGAAUCCGGAUGAUAUUGAUGUGCCGAAGGCGGAGAGGCUGGUUGCUGCGGUGGAGGCGACGUACAAGGCGAAGCCAGUAGAGGCGCCGCGCGAGUCGAUGUGUGGACUACAGCUGAUGAUUACGAGAGUGCAUAAGAACCGCGGUGAGGCAGCUAAGGUGGUGGGGGCAGCGCUAAAGGUGUUAAGGUUGCUGGGGUUUGAGGUGAAAGGGGCAAAGGUUCCGAGGGGAAAAGAGGAGUUUGAGGUUGUGAAAUGGGGUUAUAUGGCGCAUGGGGUUGUGGAGACGUGGGUGCAGUUAUGGGUUGCGUAUGCGACUGUGGCCCCGGAGUUGUGUGCGGAUGCAGAGAGAUGUGCGAGGAUUUGCUAUAAGAUUUGUGUUGGAGAAGAUGAGACUUUUGAUGAUAGUUACGGGAGGAAAGCGAGGAAAGCUAUGGAGGAUGAUGCGGCAGCGGCGCCAGGAGUUUCGACGGCUUGAAGCAUGGUGAUGGCGUUAUGGCAGCUGGGCGCAUGUUGAAGAGUUGGGUGUUCUGAUAGUUUCAACGGGGUUUAGCGGAAUUGAGAGUGAAUAUUUCUUAAUAUACAAACAACGGAGUUUAUUAUCCAAAGGUCCCAACACAGGAAUGCCAGACAACCCUUUGUGAACGAC